AUGGUGUAUUCCCUCUCAUUGGCAGUUUUCACGGUAUUCGGCGUCUUCUUUCAAUGGCUGCUGAGAUGGUUUCAUUCUUCACAGAAAAAGGUUCAUGAGAAUACGAACAACCAGGAUGUGACUCUCAGGGCGCCAUAUCCAUGCAAUGCAAUCAAAGGCAACCAGAAAUUCCGCAUUACCAUGGGUUUGCGAAAGUUGGAUGAGUGGAACUGGCUUACUGUCGAUAAAAACUAUUUGAAGGAGCAUGACAUUCGGGAUUCUCUGCUUCGAAACCAGAGGGAAAACGUGUUCCAAUGCCUUCCUGAAUCUAAAGCUGCCUGUGCAGAAGUUUUGGAAGUGGUGGCACAAUUCCUGUGUGAGAGAUACCCAAGCAUGUUUCUUAUGGAAGACCAUGGUGCCAUGAAAAGAAUCCACAAUAUCAAAACGGGUGAAAAAUUCGUCAUUGGCGGUGCAAAUAGCACAACGGAGCCUCUUGAAAUUGCAGUGCGGCUGGCUAUGGAGGAUUUGAGUGUCCUCAUGAAGAAUGCGGACGGAGAAUACUACCUUGCUGCGAGUGCUACCCUGUUUCCCGUUGGGUGGUCGGUUCAGAACCGCAUUGGAUGGACCGUCUCUCAGAUUCAUGCACCUGUACCGGAGUGGCACAACAAGGUUGGGCAUUCAGUUAACAAAUUUUUUUGCCGACUCACUCCGGAGUCGCCGAUGGAACGGUCCAACUAUUUCUUAGAGACCACAGAGCCAGACGAAGGCUUGAGCAACACUCUAUUUCGGCCCGAUGGAUUAAACGAGCAGAAACCCGGCCCGUCUAUUGAUGAGGUCCUCCUUCGUCGUGAACGGCAGACCUUCCGGCGGUUACCACGUACUGGAGCUCUAGUUUUCAGCGUCAAGACAACACUGGAAACGCUCAAAGACCUCCCAGUUGAUCAGCUGCAGGCUCUGGCCACUGAAAUCCGAAGCUGGCCUGAUGACAUGGCCAAGUAUAAGGGGCGCGAUGUUUGGGGCCAACGUGUAUUGGACUACUGCAUUCAACGGGGUAUUGUCCCUGCAUGA